AUGUUCCAAGGAUAUGACACAGGUGUGAUGGGAAGUGUUCUGGAGCUUUCAAGUUUCAAGGCCGACUUUGGACUGAAAGAAGGAAGUUCUGGCUUCUCAAAUGCCAAAAAUGCCAAAGUCUCGUCGAAUGUCGUUUCGCUUCUCACUGCCGGAUGCUUUUUCGGUGCAAUCCUUGCCUCCUUUGCCAACGAGAAAUUUGGCCGUCGCUAUUCCAUCAUGGGAUUCCUGAUGUUCUUCCUUGUUGGUUCUGCUGUCCAAACCGCCGCGCAUGGCUCGUUGUCAUAUCUGUAUGGUGGACGCGUGAUUGCAGGCUUCGGGAUCGGAGGCAUGUCAGCUAUCACUCCGGUCUUCGUGUCUGAGAAUUGCCCCCCGGCGAUUCGCGGUCGUGUUGCUGGUCUCUUCCAAGAAUUCCUCGUCAUCGGUGUCACUGUUGCAUACUGGCUUUGCUAUGGCGUAGCUGAAACCAUCGCCCCCACAACCAAGCAAUGGCGCAUCCCUAUUGGAUUCCAGCUUGUACCCGGCGGUCUUAUGAUGACUGGCUUAUUCUUUUUGACCGAAUCUCCUCGCUGGUUAGCCAAAGAAAAUCGCUUCGAGGAAGCCCUGGAAGCCCUUGCAUACAUGCGGUCCGAGCCAACCACGAGCCCUGAGGUCCAGAUCGAGAUGGCGGAAAUCAAAGCGGCCGUUGAACACGAAGUUGAGGCCACCCAGGGACUUACCUGGCGAGAACUCUUCCUACCUGGCAACCGCAUUCGCUUUGCCAAUUGCGUCUUGAUGAUGUUCUGGCAGCAGUGGACCGGCACCAACAGUAUCGGAUACUAUGCUCCUCAGUUGUUCCAGACCGUCGGAGUGGCCGGAGGCAACACCAGUCUGUUCACAACGGGGAUCUAUGGCAUCGUCAAGGUAGUGACUACCGCAAUCUUCCUCCUCAUUGGCAUCGACAAGGUUGGUCGACGAUGGUCUCUUAUUGCUGGCGCAAUUUGGAUGUCCACGAUGAUGUUCAUCUUGGGUGGUGUUCUGGUAUCCUAUCCUCCGAACCCUAGCGGCCACGGUGGUAUUUCCUCGGCAUCCCUUGCGAUGAUCGUCAUGAUCUACUUCUACGUCAUUGGAUAUUCCGCCUCCUGGGGACCGAUUCCAUGGGUUUACGUUUCUGAAAUUUUCCCGACUCGCCUUCGUGCGUACGGUGUUGGUUGCGGAUCGGCAACGCAAUGGCUUUUCAACUUUGUAGUUACCUAUGUAACUCCUGCAGCCAUCAGCAACCUUGGCUGGCGAACCUUCAUCAUGUUCGGUUGCUUCUGCUUUGCCAUGGCCCUUUGGGUUUUCCUGAUCGUCAGGGAAACCAAGGGUCGCUCCCUCGAGGAGAUGGAUAUUCUCUUUGAGAAGUUCCAUGCCUUUGGCCGAUUGCGUGAUAUUGAAACUGCAAACGAAAGCAAGCGUUCCUUUGAUGGCGCUGUCACCUCGUAUCACAAAGAAGUACACGGUGUGGAAGCUGAGAAUGGUGCGAGAUAG